GACAGCUUGACCUCUAUCAUUACCAUUACUCUCCUCUAUUUUGCUCCCUAUUUUCUAUGCCUGUUACACGCUCCAAGAGUUCUUCUGCCACGAAACAAGGCACAUUGAAUUUUUCAUCUCUAAAACGUACCAAUUCGACCUCAAAUGUGUCAAAAUCCAACCGCAAGAAAGCGGCUCCUAUUGAUGUCGAAGCGUCACCGUCUGAUGCGGAAAGUCGAGAAGAGGCGCGGAAGCCACAGGUCCAUACAGGCAAGAAAGUCGAGCUAUAUGUGGGAUUACCUCCAACACGACCGGAACUCAAAGUCAAUGAUCCCCGUUGGAAACCGCUUUUGGCGGAUGCACGAGAGAAAAACAAUCAUCUCCCUCUUGUUCACGCUGAAAAUCAAAAUAACAUUCACCACAUUCUCCGUGUGUUUGACAUGAAUUAUGAAUACGGGCCUUGCGUUGGUUUGACGAGACUGGAGAGGUGGGAACGAGCAGAGGCUCUGGGACUUAAGCCUCCUGUUCAAAUUCGCGAUAUUCUAUUGACGCGUCAAGGCAUCGAGGACACAGACCUUGCUCAAAAUUGCCUGUAUGGCCAGCUGUAAUGGUCAAUGACUAUACCGUUUUUCAUCACCCUUAAUCCCUUGCACUGUAGAGUCCAGAAUCUGCUUGCUUUCCCAACUUACGUAGUUUUGUAUAUAAUUCCUAGUGUACUUUUUAACCACAGUUCUGAAAGACCUGCCCUUUUUCGGGAGGUCAGC